AUGGCCGACUCCGAGCCACUGAUUACCGCUCGCGAGAAUCUGGGCCACGUUCCCGAAAGUCAAUAUGACGCUCUUCUCGGUCAAGAGCAUAUCGAUAAGAGCGACGAGGAACUAGUCGCCGACAGCAAGCGCAAGGGUCUGCUUACGUCUCUACGCACCAGGGAUUUUUGGACUGUUCUGGUACUUGGACAAGCAUUGGCUAUCCUUAACACGUCCAGUAGUACCUUCACAUCUCUGCUCGAAGCACAGGGUACAUCGAUACCGGCCUUUCAGACCUUCUUCAACUACGCCCUGCUAAACAUUAUAUUCACUUCAUAUACGAUCUAUAAAUAUGGGUUCAAACGCUGGGGGCAGGUUGCCCGGAAUGACGGGUGGAAGUAUAUACUAUUCGCCUUUUGCGACGUCGAAGGAAAUUACUUUAUCGUUCUAGCAUAUCGAUAUACCACUAUUCUUAGCGCACAGCUGAUCAACUUCUGGGCCAUCGUGGUGGUUGUCACUCUCUCCUUUCUAAUAUUACACGUCCGCUAUCACCAUAUGCAACUAUUAGGCAUAGCAAUCUGCAUCGGGGGCAUGGGCAUAUUACUCGCAUCGGACCACAUCACCGGAAGCCUCGCAGAAGGCGCGAAGGCCCUGGAUGCCGUCAAGGGUGAUCUCUUCGCCCUCCUCGCCGCCACAUUCUACGGCUUCUCCAACAUCGUCGAAGAAUACUUUGUUAGCAAAAGACCCAUGUACGAAGUGGUUGGACAACUCGCGUUUUGGGCGACACUCAUCAACGGCGUUCAAGCCACGAUUUUUGAUCGCUCGUCCUUUGAAAAAGCAACCUGGAAUGGGCCGGUGGUUGGGUAUUUGCUUGGAUAUACCAUCUGUCUAGCCAGCUUCUACACCACGGCACCUCUCAUCUACCGCCUGGCCUCGGCCGCGUUUAUGAAUAUCUCCAUGCUAACGGGUAAUUUCUGGGGCGUGCUGAUUGGCGUGUUUGUGCUCAAGUUACGCAUCCAUUGGCUGUACCCGAUCGCAUUCGUCUUGAUUCUCCUGGGCCAGUUCGUGUAUUAUCUCGGCCAACGACGGGGGAGCGCUUUGGGGGAGGCGAGGAAACCGUGGCUGGGCAGGAAUCAGGAACAGGGUGUAUCGGGGAUAUUUACGGCGAGGCGGAGGAUUGACAGGGCUCAGCAUGCUGUUGGUGUUUCUGUUUGGCAGGAUGAGCGGGAUGAUUAG